AUGUCUCCACCCACUGGAAAAGGAAAGGAAUCUGGUACUGCUCGUGUCCUCGGAUCGGGAACGUCGGGUGUUGCUGAAUUGCUAGUAUUCCACCCUGUGGAUACUGUAGCGAAACGUUUGAUGAGUAACAAGGCCAAGGUUUCCACCUCUACACUGUCUAAUAUCAUCUUCCGGGAUUAUGCCACCGCUUCUAUGGGACGAAAACUCUUUUCGUUAUUCCCUGGUUUAGGGUACGCGGCUGGGUACAAGAUUUCUCAGCGAAUAUACAAGUUUGGCGGUCAACCAUGGUUUAACGACCUCAUCAACUACCACUACAAAGACAACUUCACGAAUGCCUUUGGGGAACGGAAGGGGAAGCUCAUGAUGCAGGCGACAGCGGGAAGUUUAACGGGAAUCGGCGAAGUAGUCUUACUACCACUCGAUGUUUUGAAGAUCAAACGUCAGGUUAAUCCUGAGGCUUUCCGUGGAAGAGGCAUUCUACGAAUCGUUGCUGAAGAAGGCACGUCUCUAUAUCGUGGUUGGGGUUGGACAAUGGCAAGGAAUGCACCUGGUAGUUUCGCGCUAUUUGGUGCUUCGGCAGUGACAAAAGACUAUGUUCUCGGCGUUACCGACUAUUCGAAAGCUACAUGGACACAAAACUUUAUCGCGUCAAUCUCCGGAGCUGUUGCGUCCAUCACUGUCGCCGCACCUCUCGACACCAUUAAGACCCGAAUUCAAAAUGCCAACUUUGAAUCGAAGGUUUCCGGUAUGACAGUGGUGAAGGAUCUAAUCAAGAAUGAGGGUCCUACAGCUUUGUUCAAGGGUUUAACACCAAAGAUUAUUGUUGUAGGACCUAAGCUGGUGUUCAGUUACACGUUGGCGCAGUCGUUAAUCCCAUUCUUUGGAAAAUACGUUUAA